AUUAUUUUUAUGUAUUAAAUAAAGUAUAAAACAUAUGUGAUGAGCUCAUGCAGUAGCAGUAGCGGCAAUACAGUCUCUGUAAUCAGUAAUCGGUAGUUCGCUUGUGGGAGGAAGCAUCUGUUAUCUUAGUGACGUUUUUCCAACCUAUCCAGUACACAGUCGGAUUUUAUCGCCUCGGAAGCGGUAACGUUUAUGUGGGACAUUAUAAUUCGGUUUAGUAUUUCAAACGGCUCCAUAUUUUGAGAGUUUGCGUCAGUCCAAUGAACUUUUGCUGAUUACUACAUAAAAAUGACCGGCCUCCUGCAAUUAUUCUGUCUUUUUCUUCUAUUUACUAGUAAAACUGCAGGAACUACAAAAAGUAAAAGCCAACAACCCGAUGUAAAGGUGUUAACGGUGGCUACUGAGAAGAACCAUGGCUUGGAAAGAUUCCUCCGCUCGGCCAGGGUAUACAAUAUUAAUGUGGAAGUUCUCGGUGAAGGCAAGAAGUGGGAGGGAGGGGAUAUGAAGCAUGAGGGCGGUGGUCACAAAGUUAACCUGCUCAAAGAUAAGCUGAGUUCAAUGAAAAUACCUGAAGAUAGAGAUCAGAUUAUUCUAUUCACUGACAGCUACGAUGUGAUGUUCCUGGGAUCGCUCGAUGAGAUAGUACAGAAGUUUCUCGCAAUGUCCGUACGCGUGUUGUUCUCUGCGGAACCUUUCUGUUGGCCAGAUUCCUCUCUCGCGUCGCAGUAUCCCGACAGCCAGCAAUUGAACCCGUUCCUUAAUUCGGGCGGAUUUAUAGGAUAUUUACCGGAACUUUUGAAGAUCUUGAACUAUGAGACAGUGGGCAAUAAAGAUGACGAUCAGCUCUUCUACACCAAAGUGUACUUGGAUGAGGAUUAUAGAGAAAGUCUAAGAAUUUCCCUUGACCACAAAUCGGCCAUAUUCCAAAACCUCCAUGGUGCCUUGUCGGAUGUGCAACUCGUCGCUAACUCCACUGAUGAAUGGCCGUAUCUUGUCAACGUGGUGACCAAGCAGAGGCCUCUGAUCGUUCACGGAAACGGGCCCGCAAAAUUGACCUUGAACAAUUUGUCCAACUAUUUGGCCAAGUCCUGGUCUGUCAGUGAGGGAUGCGUUCUGUGCGAUGAGAAGAGGAUUGUGCUGGAUGAGGACAAGCUGCCGAAGGUGAUGCUCUCCGUAUUCAUAGAAGUCGCGACACCGUUUAUAGAGGAAUUUUUCCAAAGUAUUCUGGCCAUUGAUUAUCCCAAGCAGAAAAUACAUCUCUUUAUCCGCAACGGUGUCGAGUAUCAUGAGUCGGAGGUGGAGAAUUUCUAUCAGGCUCACAGUAGCGAAUAUUUUACCGCCAAACGGAUCAAAUCCACUGACCUUGUGGGGGAGGCUGAAGCGAGGAACAUUGCUAAGGACCGCUGUAUCGGCAGCGACUGUGAUUAUCUCUUCUGCCUGGACAGCCACGCCCGUGUUGAACCUGAUACACUUCAUUACUUGCUCUCUACCGGAUAUGACGUCGUCGCCCCCUUACUAGUACGCAGUGGACAAGCUUGGUCAAACUUUUGGGGUGCUAUUAACUCUGUUGGUUUCUAUUCCCGUUCAGCUGAUUAUAUGGAUAUUGUCAACCGCAGCAUUGAAGGUAUCUGGAACGUCCCGUUCAUCAACAACUGCUACCUUAUGAACAUUUCCCUGUUCCGCAAACCGUCUGCCAAACAUGUUAGCUAUUUGAAAGAGGACACCGACCCUGAUAUGGCUUUCUGCGCUUCACUCAGAUCUGCUGGUAUCAUGAUGUACGUGAGCAAUGAAAAGGAAUUCGGUCAUCUCGUUAAUUCUGAAACGUUUGACGUGAGCCGCACUAACCCUGACAUUUACCAAGUGAUUGAUAACAAGCUUGAUUGGGAACAACGUUACCUCCACCCCAAGUACCAUGAAAUCUUCGCCAACAAAGAAAAGCAACUCAUGCCCUGCCCCGACGUCUAUUGGUUCCCACUGAUGUCGAUGCGCUUCUGUAAGGAAUGGAUCGAAGUCAUGGAGGCCUUUGGACAAUGGAGCGAUGGAUCUAACAAUGACAAACGUCUAGAGAGUGGUUACGAAGCUGUUCCAACUCGUGAUAUUCACAUGAACCAGGUCGGACUUGACAUUCAAUGGCUCCGAAUCCUCAAGGAUUACGUUCGUCCGCUGCAGGAGUUAGUUUUCACUGGAUACUACCAUAACCCCCCCGUGUCCGUCAUGAACUUCGUGGUCCGUUAUCGUCCUGAUGAACAGCCCUCUCUACGGCCGCACCACGACUCCUCAACUUACACCAUCAACCUGGCUCUGAAUACUCCCCACUUGGAUUACGAGGGUGGUGGUUGUCGGUUCAUCCGCUACAACUGUUCGGUGAAGGACACCAAGCCCGGUUGGCUUUUGAUGCACCCUGGCCGUCUGACCCACUUCCACGAGGGUCUCCUCGUCACCAAGGGCACACGUUACAUUAUGAUCUCAUUCGUGGACCCGUAAAUUUAUCGCUUAACGCUUCAAUCUAUCAAUUUUAUCGUCGUAGUGGAAAUAUUAAUCAUAGGCUAAGGUAAUGCGGACAACUCAUCUGAUAUUGUUUAUUCAGAUUGUUGAUUUCUUAGGAUUAAUUUACUACAUUAAUUUUUUAUUAAGAUUAAAUUUAGGUUUAGUUCAUUAUCAAUGCCGUUACGUUACGUAUGGUUCCUUUUAAUGAUAUAUAUAUAUUUUUUUAUGUUAAUUUCUGAUGUAAGACUUUUUUAUUGUGACUUGUCUGCUAAUUAGAUAAUAAUCAGUAUCUCUCUAUUUAACUUCACUCUAACUUUGCCAAAGAUAUAUAAUCGUACAUGCAUUUAAUCCAAUAAACUUGUAGUAGUUGCAA